AUGGCAGACGACGAGUUACAGGCAAUUAGACAGCAACGAAUGGCUGAACUCCGGGCAAAGCACGGGGAUUCCUCAAAGAAUCAGCAAGUGGAGGAGGCCAAACAAAGAGAGGCAGAUAUGAGGAAUUCCAUAUUGUCCCAAAUUCUAGACCAGUCGGCUCGAGCCAGGUUGAACAGUCUUGCUUUGGUGAAGCCAGAGAAGGCAGUUUUGGUUGAGAAUUAUCUCAUUCAAAUGGCCCAGUGUGGAUCCCUAGCAGGAAAGAUAUCAGAUUCAGGCUUGGUCGAGAUCCUAGAAAAAGUCAGAAAGCAAACAGAGAAAACGACAACAGUCAAAUUCAACAGGAGGAUGGUGAUGGACUCAGAUGAGGACGAUGAUUAG